AUGAAAGGCCGUAUCAGCUGUGCAGCAGUGGAAUCAGCCAGGACAAUGAGACGGCAAGUAUUGUUAAUCUCCAUCUUCUGCCUCAGCUCCGUAAUAGGGCAGGUCACCUACUCCAUUCCGGAGGAAAUGGCAAAAGGAUCUUUAAUCGGCAACAUAGCCCGAGAUUUGGGCUUAGACGUCAAGAGGCUGAGGGCGGGCAAAGCUCGCAUUUACACGGGAGACAGCGCUCAGUAUAUCGAGCUGAACAGAGAACGAGGAGUCCUCCUCGUCAAAGAAAAAAUAGACCGAGAAUUUUUGUGCAGGCAGACGACGCCCUGCGCUUUACAUUUUCAAAUUACACUUGAAAAUCCACUAGAAUUAUUCCCCAUUACUGUGGAAAUUACGGACAUUAACGACAAUGCACCACUCUUCCAAAAAGACGAGAGGAGGUUUGAAAUCAGCGAAUCUGCCGUGGUGGGCUCUAAAUUCAUGCUGGAGAAAGCGUUUGACCCUGAUAUAGGACUGAAUGGUCUUCAGCGGUACACACUGAAGCCCAGUGAUUGCUUUGUGCUUAAACUACACAGUCAGUCAGAUGGCAGUAAAAAGGUGGACAUGGUAUUACAAAAGCCGCUAGAUAGAGAGAAACAGGAGCACGUGUCUUUAGUUUUGACGGCCGAGGAUGGCGGAGAACCACAGCUGACUGGAACCAUGCAGAUCCAAAUCACUGUUCUUGAUGCGAAUGACAAUGCGCCAGUAUUCAGCAAGGCUGUGUACAAGGCAAGCAUCACGGAGAACUCCGCCAUAGGAACACUCAUUACUAAAGUGAGCGCUUCAGAUGCAGAUAAGGGAACAAACGGAGAAGUGGUGUAUGUGAUAGGGAGCAGCAUGGACACUGUGUCCAAGUUAUUCCAUAUUAAUGAUGAGGGUGACGUCAUCCUGAAGGGCGCAGUAGAUUAUGAAAAAGAGAAAUCACAUCACAUUGACAUAGAAGCUAUUGAUCAAGGGGGGUUGUCUGAUUCCAGUAAAAUUGUUAUUGAUGUCAUUGAUGUAAAUGACAACAGCCCCAUUGUAAAUAUGAUUUCAUCAUCUGGCUCUGUGCCAGAAGACGCCCCCGUCAAAACUGUCAUAGCUUUAAUGAGUGUUAGUGACCCUGAUUCUGAUGCUAAUGGUCAAGUCAACUGUGUGAUAGGUGAAAAUAUACCAUUUGCAAUCAAAACCACAUCAAAUAAUUUCUAUAGUUUAGUGACAGACAGUGAAUUAGACAGAGAGAGGUCAAGUGAGUAUAAUAUCACAGUGACAUGUUCUGAUGAGGGAGUACCCUCCCUUUCCAGCAGUGUCACCCUCACCUUACACAUCUCAGAUGUGAAUGACAAUGCACCUGUCUUUGAGAGGAGCUCAUAUGAGGCCUCCAUUGUAGAAAACAACACACCAGGUCUCUCUAUAUUCACAGUGAAAGCCAGAGAUGCUGACUGGAACCAGAAUGCUCAUCUCUCUUACAUCCUGGAGGACUCCUCUGUUAACGGAGUGCCAGUCUCCUCAUAUGUGUCCGUUAGUGCUGAUAGUGGAGUCAUCCAUGCAGUGCGCUCUUUUGACUACGAGCACCUGAAAGAGUUCCACUUGCACGUGAGAGCUCAGGAUGGAGGCUCCCCUCCUCUCAGCAGCAACGUGAGCGUUCGCAUCCUGAUCCAGGACCAGAACGACAACGCACCUCAGGUCCUGUAUCCGGUCCAGACAGGCGCUUCGGUGCUGGCUGAAAUGGUGCCUCGUUCAGCAGAUGUGGGCUAUCUGGUGACUAAAGUGGUGGCUGUUGAUGUGGACUCUGGACAGAACGCCUGGCUCUCCUAUAAAGUGCACAAAGCCACAGACAGGGCGCUGUUUGAAGUGGGCCUACACAAUGGAGAAAUAAGAACUGUCCGCCAAGUCACUGAUAAAGAUGCUGUCAAGCAAAGACUGACUGUUCUAGUGGAGGACAACGGGCAGCCCUCUCGUUCAGCUACAGUCAUUGUUAACGUGGCGGUGGCAGACAGCUUCCCUGAAGUGCUGUCAGAGUUCACUGACUUUAGCAUGCAGGACAAGGAGUACAAUGACAAGCUGACUUUUUACUUAGUCUUGGCUUUGGCUGUGGUCUCCUUCCUCUUCAUCAGCUGCUUGCUGCUUAUCAUAUCAGUCAAAGUGUACAGGUGGAGACAGUCUCGCAUCCUGUACCACUCCAACCUCCCAGUCAUUCCAUAUUAUCCACCACGUUACUCAGACACUUUGGGGACAGGGACUCUCCCACACGUGUACAAUUACGAGGUGUGCAGGACUACUGACUCCAGAAAAAGUGACUUUAAGAUGGACAGAGCUGCUAGUCACAACGUGCUGGUAAUGGACCCCAGUUCUACAGGGACCAUGCAGAAGAUACACAGUGAAAAGAACAUCCUGGAUGAACCGGACUCUCCUCUUGAGGUUGGUCACUUGAGAUAAUUUUCUUUUAUGAAA